AUGGCGGGAAUACUAAAAAGUAUUGCCGAUUAUUACAAUUAUGUGAUAUACGAUUUAGCUGAUCCAAGAACAAAAGACUGGUGGGGUGUAUCAAGUCCGUUCACAGUGAUAGCCAUUGCAUCAGCAUACCUCUACUUCUGCCUGUCUUUGGGUCCUCGGCUGAUGAAAAACAGGCCAGCAUUCGAACUGAAGACUCCACUUAUGUUAUACAACAUCUUCCAAGUCCUGUUCAGUAUAUUCAUUGCUUAUGAGGGUGGUGUCUACGUAUUAUCCAGAGAAUUCAAUCUAGCAUGUGAUACAGUUGACUACUCAGAUAGCCCUCGAGCACUUCGGGUAGCCGCAGCAACAUGGUUCUACUUCUUCGCAAAGUUCACGGAGCUCCUAGACACAGUAUUCUUCAUCUUACGGAAGAAAUACGACCAAGUCACCUUCCUCCAUGUAUACCAUCACACCUUGAUGUCUUUGGCUGUCUGGAUUGCCGUUAAAUAUUAUCCAGGUGGCCACACCACUUUGAUGGGUUUUCUGAACUCCGUCGUCCAUGUAGUCAUGUAUACUUACUACUUAAUAGCCGGACUCGGACCUCAGUAUCAGAAGUACGUGUGGUGGAAGAAGCAUGUCACUAAAAUGCAAUUGACACAAUUCUCGAUCGUCUUCAUUCACAAUGUAUCAGUAUUCUUCUACGAGUGCAAUUUCCCAAAAUUCUUGAACCUUAUGUGCAUUGGCAACUGUGUUGCUUUCCUAUACAUGUUCGGGAAGUUCUACGUCGACAGAUAUAGAAGAAAUGUUAGGAACAAAUCAUUGCUGGAGAGCAAAAAACCUAAAACACCCGCUAAGAGCGAAUUAAACAACUUUGGAAUACAAAGAAAAGUUGCUGAGAAGACACGGUAA